UACUCCCAAGACGUAGGUAAGAACGGGGAAAUAACUGGGUGGUGAGAGUAAAGCACCUUUUUUUUUGCAAAUACGAGUGUGGAAAAUAUGGAGUUUCUCAUAGGAAGUCCUUUCUCCACUCCCGUUGGACAACGAAUUGAACGCGCAACCAGUGCCACCCUGCAGGCUGAAGACUGGGCCCUCAACAUGGAGAUCUGUGACAUCAUUAACGAGACGGACGAAGGACCAAAAGAUGCAGUCCGAGCCAUAAAGAAGAGGAUUGUGGGUAAUAAGAGCUACAAGGAGAUCAUGUUGGCUCUGACAGUCCUGGAGGCUUGUGUGAAGAACUGUGGACACAGGUUCCAUGUCUUGGUAGCGUCCCAGGACUUUGUGGAGGGGGUUCUGGUCCGAGCCAUCCUGCCCAAGAACAACCCCCCCACCACGCUGCAUGACCGAGUGCUUAGCCUCAUACAGGCCUGGGCAGAUGCGUUCCGUAGCUCACCCUCGCUGGUGGGCGUGGUCUGUGUGUACGAUGACCUGAGGAAGCGGGGCUUGGAAUUCCCAAUGACUGACCUGGAUGCCCUCUCACCCAUCCACACCCCCCACAGGAGCAUUCCAGAAAACGGCUCGUCGGUCACAGAGACGGCUCCGCAACCCCAGUCUGAGGCCUCCACUCCCACCCAGUCAGCUUUGACCGCCUUUCCCCCGCAGCUCAGUGAUGGGCCUGUCUCCGUCUCUCAUGCACAGAUGCAGAAGCUGCGAGCCGACCUGGCGCUGGUCAGAGGCAACCUCACUGUGAUGAGUGAGAUUCUGAAUGAGCUGACCCCCGGACAGACCCAGCUGGAGGACACCGAGCUGCUUCAGCAGUUGUACCAGGUGUGUAAGGAGAUGCAAAGCCGGGUGGUGGAACUCAUCCCGAGGCUUGUGGAUGAGGGCCUGAUCGAGGAGCUGCUGGUGGUCAACGACGACCUCAACAAUGCCUUCAUCCGCUAUGAAAGGUUUGACCGACUCCAUAAAGCCCAGAGGACAACGACGGAGCAGACUCCUGCCACGGCCAGCGUCAUUGACCUCAGCCCCAUGCCCCAAUCCAUCAGACAACCAGCAACUACCUCUAUCGCCCCCAGCCAGCCCGCUAUUGGAGGUGCUUCUGAUCAGAGGCAGGCGGUCAACUGCAGUGCCCUGGAGGAGGAGGAGGAGGAGUUUGACAUGUUUGCCCAGACUAGGGGUAGUUCACUGGCUGAUCAGAGAAGGAGAGUGCGGUAUGAGGACCCAGGGGCAGUUGAGGGCCUGGCUGGAGCCCUAGACACCAGGUUGCAGGUCACUGGAGCGAUCCCUCCAUCCAAGCCUAACAACUCCACACUGGAAGACAUUGACCGAUGGCUGUCUGCAGACACUGAUAAUCAAGCAGAGACUGGGAACAGGGAAGGGCUUACCAGUGAGGAGUUUGACAAGUUUCUGGAGGAGAGGGCGAAGGUGGACGACCAAAUUCCUUCGGCACACACCCGACCCCCUGUCACGUCCAGGCUCCCCCAACAACCUGCCCGGCAACAGGAGAGUUUACAUGACCAACUUUUCUCACUCUGAUGGUCCAGCAGAGGUUGACCUAAUCCUGAAUUGACCACUAAGCACAACACCCUAUGUACUGUGGAGAUGUAAGAGGAUUUGAUUGGUCUAAGUAAUAUGGGAACUCUUAUGCCUGGCCUAUCAGCUGGCAUGCUGGAGCUAUUUCCGGAUUGCGUACACCUGUCAUACCCUUUGAGAUCUUCACAUGUCUCUAGGGUGUAGGGGUCAAGGGUCAGUUUGGUUAGGGCCAUGGACUCGUCAUCAUGGACAUGUCCAGACUGAAGACUGUCACUUUAACACACUGGAUACACUCACAGAGACAUUAGACAAGUGCCCUUAGACCUUUCUCAUCAUGCAGGAUUUCUAAUUCUUAAGUGUUAUUUCACAUUGAGCCAGUUUUUGUAAAACUCUCUGAAAUGAUGAAUCUAUUCCGUGAUAAUGACACGAUCUCUCAAGCCUUCACUGUCGCUUCCAUUCACAUUCCUUCACACACAAAUAGACACACUGUGUUCUACAUCUCUCAAUGUGAUUUUGCAUAUACUGUAUAUUUAUAAAAGUCAGCCGUCUUGAAUUUCCGAAUCCUGAGACCAGGUGAAUCAAUGCAGAAAGCACAAAAACACUUUUAUUGGAAAUUCACUUCCUACUUCCCAAGUUGUU